CCGCCCCCUCCGGCCCCCGGCCGGGCAGGGCCGGGCAGCCAUUUUGGGCAGAGCUUUGUUAUGGUUGUGGGGCCGCGGGAGGCAGCGAGGGGGCCUGGCCGUGAUUACAGUUCCUGUAUUCCACCAUUUUUUGAUGGAAGAGGAGGACCAUAACCCAGAAGUGAACUCUUCAGUAAAACAAGAAACUCUUGUUGAGUAAUUUGUCUCCUUUCAAAAGCAGCACCCAGUCUAGAAGAAGUUUACAGAGAAGAGAGUACUUUUGGACUUGGCUCUUUUCAGUUUCACUUCAGCACAUAAAUGGUGACCAGCAAAGACACAGAAGCAGUUGUGGCUGCCAUUCAGCUUCACGUCAAGUAGCAUUUAGUUCUUGGAGGGGAACUUAAGUUACAUGAAGUGAAAAGUAUAUCAAGACAUUGUUCAUUUUUAAGAACAUUAGCACCGUGGAUUUUUUAGCAACUGUACAUGUGAUGAAACUGAAGUUUAUAUUUUAAGAGCAUAUGCUUAGGCAGAUGUCUCCCAUUUAAUAUCAGAAUUUGGGAGAAGCAUUUUUUCUUUAAUUUAACCCGCCCCUCACCCCUCCAUCCAGGCUUUGAAACUGAUGUGCUACAGACAAUGAAUAAUCCUGCAGAUUUGGGUAUAUCUGUUCAUUGUUAACCAUGGUGUUGCUCUGAAUGUUGUCGUGCAGACCCAGCAACCACUUUUGUAAUGUAAAAUUUGAGUUCCAUAGCACCGCAACAAGAGGAAAUUUAAUGAGGUGAACGUGGUUGUAGCUUUUUUAAAUGUAAAUUACCUUUUUAGGGUUUUUUUUUUUUUUUUUGUAGUGUGAGUGCAGAGAGAAAUUAAGAUGAGCAGCUGAGGGGGUGAAGGGUGCAGUCAGCACGAACUGCAGCUUCUCGUGCUCUGCUUUGAGACGCCCUAUUGCCUCAAACCUGACAUAACUGCAUUCUGGAGAAGGAAGGAACCUGAAGAUCAGGGUGAAGCACAGAAGUCAAGAAGAGAAUUGGACUGCAGAGGCCAAACUUGAUCCUGGCCAUGAGGUUUGAUGCCUCGCUUUAUUGAAGGGAGACACUGGACCUAAAUGGCGCAGCAUGACUUUGUUCCUGCCUGGCUUAACUUCUCAACGCCACAGUCAGCCAAGUCCCCUGCAGCCACCUUUGAGAAACAUGGAGAGCAUCUUUCGCGGGGUGAGGGCCGCUUUGGUGUGAGCCGUAGACGACACAACUCUUCUGAUGGAUUUUUCAAUAACGGCCCCCUCAGAACUACGGGAGACUGCUGGCAUCAGCCCUCCCUGCUCCGCCAUGAUUCUGUAGAUUCCGGUGUUUCUAAAGGAGCUCAUGUUGGGCUUUCUGGCAGUCAGCCUGGCUGGCAUGGUCCCUCACGGAGCCAUGAUGGUAUGAACCAGCGUAGUGGUGGAGGAACUGGAGUCCAUCGCCACUGGAAUGGCAACUUUCACUCUCGGAAGAACUCUGCCUUUCAAGAAAAGGUGCCUGUUGAGGCCAGAGAAGAGAAGAGAGAAGAAAAAGACAAGCUGCAGUUUGAGGAAGAUGACUUUCCAUCUUUGAAUCCCGAAGCUGGAAAACAGAAUAACCAGAGCAAACCUUUAGGGACACCUUCUGGAGUGUGGGAAAACCCCCCUAGUGCCAAGCAACCUACCAAGAUGCUGGUCAUCAAAAAGGUUUCAAAAGAGGAUCCUGCUGCCGCCUUCUCAGCUGCAUUUACAUCACCAGUUCCUCAUCUUGCAAACGGCAACAAGACCACCACAAUUGUCCCAAGUGUCUACAAAAAUCUGGUUCCUAAACCAGCAGCUCCUCCAUCUAAGCCGAGUCCAUGGAAAGCUAACAGAAGUGAACAUAAACCAGGCUCGCUUUCCUCCAGCCGUGACUCUGCCUUUACCAGUCCGGUGUCUGUAACCAAACCAGCGGUACUGGCGAGUGGCUCAGUUCUCACCUCUCCCAAAGAGAGUCCUUCCAGCACCACUCCUCCCAUUGAGAUCAGUUCUUCACGUCUGACCAAGCUGAUGCGUCGCACCGCCGAUAAGAAAAGUGAAUUCCUGAAGGCAUUGAAAGAUGACAGGAAUGGAGAGAUCACAGAGAACAGAGAAUGUGACAAGUUGGAAGAUAUGGAGGGCAGCAGCACACCAGAACCAAAGGAAAACUGGGACGAGAAUUGCCAUCAGAAUGGCCUUUCUCUCCCUUUGAUGGAGGAGGGGGAGAACCUGUCUCAUUCACUGGAAGCGGAACACAGGUUACUGAAAGCAAUGGGAUGGCAGGAGUACCCUGAAAACGACGAGAACUACCUUCCCCUCACUGAGGAUGAGCUCAAAGAGUUCCAACUUAAAUCAGAGCAGCUAAGAAGAAAUGGAUUUGGGAAGAAUGGAUUUCUUCAGGGCCGUAGCUCCAGCCUGUUCUCCCACUGGAGAAGCACUUUUAAGACAGAGUUGGAGGACUCAGACACAGAAACUAGUAGCAGCGAAACGUCAGAUGACGAUGCCUGAAAGUGGGCACAAAACAUUUAAAACAAAUAAAACCAACCCAAUAAACUCAGUUCAUAGUUCAACGUGUGUUUGGGGUUGUAUAAACUAAACAGAGUUUAUUCUGUCUCCAGUCUGUUCAGUUUUUCUUUUGUUGUUGAAUACUUCAUGCACAAGGGAAAUAAUUGUAUCCCAAAGAAGAGAGAAAUUGGCUUGUUUAGCUUUUUCUUUUGGUUUUGCCCUUCUGCUUAAUAGAAGUUUGUGCAGCUAGCAAAUUUGUGAUGAGAAUCCCUCAUCAGGGAAUGCACAAGUUCAGUCUUGUAAGCAGGAUACAGGUGACUGACUGAUCUUUGCAACAACAAGCUUCUAAUAAUGCCGCCUGCAUUACAUAAUGUUGCGCGGUAACAAUGUGCUAAAACAAUCAUUGUCAAUGACAAAAUGGCUAUUGAAGUUCUAAUUGUGUUAAAUUAAUGCUAAUAACAUGAAUUUUUUAUUUUUUAUUUUUUUUUGCGGCUCGGGGAGCUUCAUCACUUAACCAGGCGUUUGUGGUUUUCUUUUAUGGGUACAGCUGUAAAAUAUUUGGACAUAGGAAUUGUUUGUGUUCUUCUUCUUGCAGCCUUGAUAUUCAGGGUGGAUUGUAAAAUAUAAAUUUUUUGUGAGAUUUCAAAGAUUAAGAUUAUUUUGAUAACAUUAUUUACAGAUUUAAAAAAGUGACUAUCACAUUGAGUCUGUAUGAGGGGGAAAAAACUACUGCAUCAAAAAAUAACUAACUUGGAAUAAAUAUUUUGCAUCAGUUUGCCAA